AUGCAAUAGUAAAAAUACCAAAAUGCAAUAUCUAGCAAUCACAUUCCACACACUAAUAAUGAAAGAAAACUUCUAUAGGUCAAAUAAUUCCAACCAGAUGGAAAUCUUGAGAUAAGCUCUUCCUUCGAAUAAAGCAAAGACAAUACCUUUAAAUAUUUGAAAGAAAAAUAAUUUUCUAAUUAAGUCAAAUCUCCAGACAUUCAGAGAUUCUGCUAACUCCUUACAAAUUAGUUGCCAAUUGACAAAAGACUUUCACCUUUUACACAGCCAAAUUCACCAAAGAGUGUAGAAACUAUGCUAUAAUCAGUUACGCAGGCUUUCAGCACCAUAAUGACAGCUGGAUCUAGUAAUGGGCUUCAAGGAAACCUUUAGAAAGGUAACGCUACGAUGAAAUUAGCAAGAAUUUUCAAGGGCUAGCUAGAUCAUAAGUUUUAGUAUAAUAAGGGUAAUUACUCUGUAUCUCCUCACUCAAGAAUAAAUAAUGUAUCUCCUAAGCAAAAUUACUAAAGAUAUGGAAGAGACAAUGAUUUUUUGUUUACUCUGACAUCAUAAUCGUUUUAUUAAUAGCAAGAGCUUUAAUCUCAACAGGAUAAAAAUCCAUAGUUGCAACCUCUUUAAAUUGAUGAGAAGUUUGAGGAUACUCAGCUUAUGGAAUAACUCGAAAAUCCUAUACUUUCUUAGCCAAAUAUAAAAUAAUAUUCUCAGCUGAGUAGUCCAUCAAUAUGUCAAUUGCUUGAAAGUGGUGUUGGCGAAACUUACAGUUAUUUUCAAUAGAUAAAAUUGCCAGAAAUUCAAAUUAACAAAAAGAAUCAGAGUCAAUUGGGAGCUUACACCAAUUAAUAAUAAACAAAUGGAACAAUUGAGAGCCUAAGUCCUCACAACUUAACAUAUCAGAGCAAAUCUGUGAAUAGAAAUGGCUAAAGAAUACCUAGCCCUUUAAAUAAGAUAAAGCUGAUGUCUAUACCUAACUAGGACUCUUUAUCUUCAUAUUAGUCAUCUAAGAGAGAAAAGAAGUAAGCAGGAAGCUUAAAUAGGAAAUAUCUGCAGAUUGCGAAGGAGGCUAAAAUGUCUGAUACUAAUAAAAAUGUUAAUAAAAAUCCUGCAUCAGUGCUCAGAGUUAUGGGGUAUCAAGGGGAAUACUUUAAGAAUCAAUUUAUGGAAUAAGAUAAAGCACAAUUAGAUCGGUUUAGAAAAUAUAAAAAAGGGUCUUAAGAAAUGUAAAACAAUAACAAAAUUUAGAUUCUGUAGUUGACUAUGAAUGAUAAAAAACUCUCAGAUCCCUAUUCAAUUCAAAAUUACUAUAACUUUGGCGAUGUGGAAUAUCAGCAGUCUACAGACUAUUCUCGGUAAUCUAAAAACAGUUCCUAACUCAAGAAUGUCUACAAUUAGAAUUCCUAGAAUUAAGACUAAUCUGAGAAGUGUCUAUUUGAAUAUAACUAGCUCAACAGAAUAAAUCAAAAGCCGAAUCACUUGUUCGCUCUACCAGAUCAAGUCAUUAACAAUUAAUCAUCAAAUAUCAUAUCAACUAAGGUUAAUAUAAAUCAAAAUUAGUCUCCGAGAUACAUGGAUCCGUUUACCUAAAGAUAGGAGAUUAUGAAGAAGUAAAUAUCCUUUCUUACGAGGUAAAAUAGAUAAAGAUUCAAGCGUAAGAAUACAAACAGCAAUAAUUUUGACUAAUAUGACGAUGAUGACGAAAUAGAUCAAUAAAAGACAGGUUGGGGUUCUAAACUCCAAAACUUCAAUAAAGGUAAAUAGCAGGACAAGUUAACUCCUUGGGAUAACCAAAAUAUGACACCCAAACUAGCUAGUCAGGGCAGUAUAGUUAUGAAUGACUAGUAUGAUAAUAAUGGAGAUAUAGAUAACUUAUCAGAAUUUGAUGAUUUAAAAGUAGAAUCCACCAUGGAUGUAAGAGUUGAGAAGAGUUUCAAGCCUCUAUCUAAGCACUGCACAACUAUUUCAGAUAUAAUGACUAUAAAGGAACAGAAUUUUGAAAAAGAACUUGGAUUGACAUUCUAAUCUACUAUAGAUCAAACCAAACCCAUGAAAAAAGUAUAGAAUAAAUUGAAAUCGUAGUGA